AUGGCCGAGGGGCCCCCACAAGAAUCCCCGGCCCUCUCACCUAUGGCUGGCCAACAGAGGGACAGACGCGAGCCGCCGCCUGAUUCCACCUCCCACGCCCUUCCCCUCCAAGAGGAGGAAGAGCAAAGAGUCUUUUUGGAGGCUCGGAGAAACGUUCCAGGCGACAACGGUCACCCAACCCUUUUGCCUAACGAAAUUGACGAGGCCUUCCCUCUGACGCGACCUGAUUGGGACUUCACCACAGCUGCAGGUAAGGGACACCUACGCCUCUAUCGCCAGCUGCUUAUAGCGGGUCUCCGAGGGGCAGCAUGCCGCCCCACUAAUGUGGCUCAGCAGGGCAUUCUCAUCCCCUGCCGGUCACCAUGGAAUACCCCCCUUUUACCAGUAAAGAAACCAGGGACUGGGGACUACCGGCCAGGGCAGGAUUUGAGGGAGGUCAACAAAAGGGUGAAGGACAUGCACCCCAUGGUCCCCAACCCCUAUAACUUAUUGAGCACUCUGCCACCAUCCCACGUUUGGUAUACCAUAUUAGACUUAAAGGAUGCCUUCUUCUGCUUGCGGCUGCAUCCGGAGAGCCAGCCCCUUUUUGCCUUUGAAUGGAAGGACCCAGAUCUUGGUCUUUCGGGUCAAUUGACCUGGACUAGGCUCCCCCAGGGAUUCAAGAACAGCCCGACCCUCUUUGAUGAGGCUCUGCACCGGGACCUGGACUUUCGGGUCCAGUACCCCACCCUGACAUUGCUCCAAUACGUUGAUGACCUCCUUCUGGCGGCCGCUUCAGAGAAAGAAUGUCAGGAGGGCACAAAGUCCCUCCUACAGACAUUGGGACAAUUAGGAUAUCAGGCAUCAGCCAGGAAGGCUCAGAUGUGCCAGAAGCAAGUCAUUUACCUAGGUUAUCAAUUAAAAGAUGGACAGAGAUGGCUGACCGAGGUGAGCAAACAGACUAUCACUAACAUCCCUGCCCCCCGGAACCCCCGCCAGCUGCGAGAGUUUCUGGGAACAGCGGGAUUCUGCCGCCUCUGGAUCCCAGGGUUUGCCGAGAUGGCUGCACCCUUGUAUCCUCUAACUAAACCAGGGACAAUGUUUGAUUGGGGAGAGGAACAGCAGAGGGCUUUCAAAAACAUUAAGAAAGCCUUACCAGCCUCCCCUGCUUUAGGCCUCCCUGACAUCACCAAACCCUUUGACUUGUUCGUGGAUGAGAGACAGGGUUACGUCAAAGGGGUCCUAACUCAAAAACUGGGCCCUUGGAGGCAUCCUGUAGCUUAUCUCUCAAAGAAACUCAACCCAGUUUCUUCAGGGUGGCCGCCCUGUCUGCGAAUGGUAGCAGCUAUUGCAGUCCUCACUAAAGACGCGGGUAAACUAACCCUGGGCCAGCCACUGACUAUCCUGGCACCCCAUGCGGUGGAAGCCUUGGUCAAGCAGCCUCCAGACCGCUGGCUCUCCAAUGCCAGCAUGACUUACUACCAAGCCCUGCUCCUGAAUGCGGACCGGGUGCAAUUCGGACCUGUGGUCGCUCUUAAUCCCGCGACCUUGCUCCCCCUGCCUGAGGACCCGGAACACCACGACUGCCUCCAGAUCCUCGCAGAAACACACGGGACCAGACCGGACCUGACGAAUCAACCCCUCCGAGAUGCUGACUAUACUUGGUAUACGGAUGGCAGCAGUUUCCUGGCAAAUGGGAAACGAAAGGCGGGGGCAGCAAUGACAACAGAGACUGAGGUAGUUUGGGCAGAAGCCUUACCAGCAGGCACCUCCUCCCAGAGGGCUGAACUCAUCGCUCUGACCUAGGCACUCCGGAUGGCAGAAGGUAAGAGACUGAAUGUUUAUACGGAUAGCCGAUAUGCAUUCGCCAUGGCUCACAUACAUGGGGAAAUUUAUUGAAGACGAGGGCUGCUGACCUCAGAAGGAAAGGAAAUUAAAAACAAACUUGAGAUACUGGCACUCCUGAAAGCCUUAUUUUUGCCCCCAAAAUUAAGUAUUAUGCACUGCCCUGGGCAUCAAAAAGGCCAUAGCCCUGAGGAAAAGGGAAAUAGGCUGGCAGAUAACGCUGCUUGAGAGAUUGCCAUAAAAUCAACCAAGACCUCCCAAGCUCUCCCCUUGACGAACCCGGAAGAGGCCCAAGCCUCCAGUUCGCUACCCUAUAGUAAAGAGGACAUUGAUCUCCUAAAGAAAAUGGGGGCCACAUAUGACCCCGAAAAGCAACAUUGGGUUUUCAAGGAAAAGAUUGGUAUGCCAACAAAACAUACUUAUAAAAUAAUAGACUACUUGCAUAAAUUGACUCAUUUGGGGCCAAAGAAGAUGAAAACCUUGUUGGACAGACAGGAGUCAGGCCAAUACCUCCUGAACAGGGACGGAGCCCUGCAAAAAGUGACUGAUGAAUGCCAAGCCUGCGCUCAGGUAAAUGCAGGCAGAAUCAAGCUUGGUCCAGGAGUUCGGGCACGGAGACAUUGUCCCGGAGUACAUUGGGAGAUCGACUUUACAGAGGUUAAGCCAGGUCUCUAGGGGUACAGAUACCUCCUGGUGUUCAUAGACACUUUUUCAGGAUGGGUAGAAGCCUUUCCCACCAAAAACGAAACCUCAAAGGUGGUGACCAAAAAGCUCUUGGAAGAAAUAUUUCCCAGGUACGGAAUGCCUCAAGUCUUGGCACCGAUAAUGGGCCCGCCUUCGUCUCCCAGGUAAGUCAGUAGGUGGCCAAACUCCUAGGGGUCGAAUGGAAAUUACAUUGUGCGUAUAGACCCCAAAGUUCAGGACAGGUAGAAUGCAUGAAUAGAACAAUUAAGGAGACCUUAUCCAAAUUAACGCUUGCAACUGGCACUAGAGACUGGGUGCUCCUCUUACCACUGGCCCUGUACAGGGCCCACAACACCCUGGGGCCUCAUGGACUGACUCCUUUUGAAAUCCUAUAUGGGGCUCCUCCCCAUUUAUAAAUUUCUUUAAUUCAAACAUUGCCGAUUUUGCUAACAGUCCUUCUCUGGAGGCUCAUUUACAGGUGUCUACAGAUUGUGCAGAGAGAGGUUUGGAGGCCACUCGCCGCUGCUUACCAAGACCAACUGAACCAGCCGGUGGAACCGCAUCCCUUCCAGAUAGGAGAUACUGUUUGUGUCCGCAGACACCAGACCUAAAACUUGGAACCUCGGUGGAAAGGCCCUUACACUGUCCUUCUGACCCCCAAUGGCACUAAAGGUUGACGGCAUCACAGCCUGGAUCCACGCCUCACACGUUAAGGCCGCCCAUACAGCUGACAAAAUGGAGCCCGCCGCAACCCCAGCAUGGAGAGCCCAACGCACUCAAAACCCCUUAAAGAUAAGGCUUACCCGUGGGGCCCUUGGAUCAUUAUAUGGGCCCUACUAAGACUGGGGAUGGCGACAUUCCCGGGAUAUGACUGCCAUCACCCGGGGGGUGGAGGGGGACGACAUGGGACCAGGAACAAAGACUUCUAUGUUUGUCCAGGACAAAACACACAAAAGGGACAUGGAGGGCCGGGGGACGGUUACUGUGCCCAAUGGGGUUGUGAAACGACGGGGGAGGCUUACUGGAAACCCUCCUCCAU